AUGCAACACCAAGUAUGUUGCUUGCGAGAGGUGCUCGCAACGACCGACGGUCGUGAUAAAGUCUACCGCCUGGUUCAAUUUACUGCAAAGUUCGUGCGCGGACCCUAUACUGAACUGCUUAUAAAAGAUCCGGAGCGUGUUCCACUACUUGCACAAAAAGCGCUCACUUUGGAACUGGUGCUCGCAGAUGGUCGGAAGCUCUUUCGUUUGGCUCGCGGCCUCAACGUGCUUGCAAAGUACUGGAACCACCAACGCACCACAAAGGGCGGCACACUUGAACUGAUCUUUGGAACACCAAUUUUGCAGCUGCUGGCUGAUUUGGGCCUUUUCUGUUACUUUGGUUUUGAUCAUCUCGUCUGGUUAUACAGAACGGGACUGUUUUUGGAACCUCCUGGCCAAAAGCGCGCACGCUUCUGGGGUCGCUGUGCGGGAUACAGCCUCCUCCUAUCCAGCCUUGCCUCAUUUGCGCUCUAUGUUUAUCAGCUCUGGUCUAUUCUUAAUCGGAAACGACGCUCUGAUGAAAAGGGUGCCAAGGACUCGAUCUCAGCACUGGCAGCUACUGCGUUGGAGCCUGAGCGACCACCUCCCGGAAGCUUUGAGACUGGCGUGCUCGCCAGAGCUGUGCGUUACGGAUGUGACAUCCUUGUAGGCUUGAAUAUGGCCGAACCAGGACAGCAUUCUCAGACACUUGUAGGGGCUGCUGGCGUCCUGUCCUCUGUGCUCCAGCUCGCCCAGCUCUGGCCUCGGCGUCGUUCGCGGAUCACGGAAGGCACACCUACUGCUGGAAUGGACAAACUAGGAGCGACAGCUACGGUGCAUGCUACAGCAGAAACGCUACCGACAACAGGGCCCGCUACAGAAACCUCGCACGCGGUUCCUAACUCCUUGAAUGCCGCUGCUGAGCAGCAGUCCAGCGAAAGCGGAAACCAUUCGCCCAAGCCGCGUCAUCGCAGUCGCCGCAGGGGUCCCCCACGAGCAUCGCGACCGUCGACAUCUUCGUAA